GUUGCCUAGUCUCGUUAGAUACUGGACUUUUUUCCCAAGAGAAAAGAAUUUUGUGAAGUUAAAUUGGCGUUACAUAAUACGAAAUAAUUUUGUUGUUAUGACUGAAAACAAGAAUGCAGAUGUAAAGUUACAUCAGUUUGCAUGUUACUGAACAAUAAACGGCAAGCCAUAAAAUAUAGAGGAUUACCAAUAUUCUAGGCAGUGGCUUCUCUAUCAUUCUUCAGCGGCAUAUCUGUCAUUACGAGAAAGGCACUCUCCACCACAGAACAUAUACUUCUAGCGUGAAAGAUGAUGGCCGCGUCCUUGCGUCGUUGGAGGAAGGUGUGGCCUCCGGUUAGCUGCGUCCGAGCAGCGAGUGGCAUGGAGGGCGUCCCUUACAAGGAUACAAUAAAGGACAAAUCAGUGCACGCGCCCCAGGCAGUUCCUUGCGAGGCGGACGUAGUGGUGGUCGGCGGAGGCUCGCUCGGCUGCAACGCAAUCUACCACCUGGCUAGGCUGGGCGUCACCAACACUGUUCUGCUGGAGACUCACCAGAUCACGUCAGGUACGACAUGGCACACCGCGGGCUUACUGUGGCGUCUGAGACCCAGCGACGCGGAGAUUCACUUGAUCAACACAACGAGGGAGCUUCUGGCAAGAUUAGAAGACGAGACGGGUGUUAAUCCUGGUUGGAUUAAUAACGGAGGUUUAUUCAUAGCGUCUAGCAAAGAAAGACUACAAGAAUACAAACGUCUAAUGACUGUGGGCCGAGUCCAAGGCAUUGAGAGCUACAUCCUGGACCCUGCUGAGACCAAGAAAUUGUACCCGCUCAUGAACGUUGACGAUCUGGCUGGUACAUUGUAUUGCCCCGGAGACGGUGAGUUUUCUUUUAGUAAGUUUUAUAUAUCAUUUUCAUAAGCAAAUCUCUCUCUC